AUGGCACUCGUUACACGAUUCUUCCUGCAGCACAAGCAGGCUAAAACCACAACAACAACUGACAUGUUUACCACGGACGGCAAGACAGAGGGACAGCUUCAGCUCACACAUAUAUCGAGCUCGUGGAAAAGAUUGUUACUCCCAAAGCAAGAUUCAAGCAAACGCUAUUGGGUGCCAAACCUAUCGGGCAUCAUAAAAGCCGGGGAUGAGGGAUUGUUUUUCUCCGCGUUAUUUACCAACCUCCAAGGUCAUCCUGGACAACUACCCCUCGAAAACCUGUACGAUGCAUUUGCAACCGAAUUGCGCUCCCGACCAAUCUCGGAGCGAUCGUCAUAUACCGGAGACAUGACAAAAUUCCUUGGGCGAGCAAAGAAGCCCGUGGGGGGCCUUGGGCGGUCGAAAUCGAUGUCCAACGUCAAGCGAGGAGAGUCUAGCCCCAAGACUGCUAGAAAGAGCCUGGAUCUGUCAGUGGUUGAGAUGGGUUUGGCUAGAAGCCUAUCUGUGAAGAGGCCGGCAACUGCAUUAGUACCAAUGCGAAGUGGGCUGCGCGAUGACGAUGCCCAGAAAGCUACACAAAGGUCUUGGAUGAAGGAGGGCCAGACAGCAAAGUAUGAGGAUGGAAGGAUGAGUGUGAAGAUUACCUCUGGGGAGCUUGCAGCGCUAUCCAUAAUACUCGGAAGUCAACUGAGUACUGGAUCCGACACGGACGCCUUGCUUGAACCCAGUGCAUACGGCAUCUCGAUAGCUAUUACGCCAAUGACAGACGCCAAACACCAAGUCACGCUCACACAACAAAGACGCAGCAGGUCGCAACGGCACGCCUCAGGCUCAGGCGUUUCAACGCUCUUUGCAAAGCACCUCGCAGCCGGCUCCCUCCCAUACUCGCAAGAUAAGAUUGGCGUUCACAGCAUCCUCAUCACCGACGAAGCUUUCGAGGCACUGCAAGCAGGCGCCUCUCUCUACACUCACCCAUAUGUCGCACGAACAGCACAAUCCAAAUUCCUCGCCUCUCUUCCUAGUUCGCGCGAACCCAGAUUCCACAUCCUCGCCACGUCAACCGAAGUCCACACGUCAAACACACUGUUAGACGCCAUAGCAGCACUCCCCUUCUCUGGCGGCCUGGCCCCCCUCGCAUCAGCGCCACUGAUCAGAACGGUCCAAUUCAUCGCAUCCGCGGGCCUCCCUCACGCCCGCCUACUGCAGCGCCUAGAGCAACUCAUUGACAAAGUGCACCGCCACGCUCCGCACCUGAACAUCUUCGGACCCCUCUACGAGCCCCAAAACGCCGGCCUCCUGUUCCGCGAGCGCGAACGUCUUGGCAGAUUGGCCAGCGAUCCAACGACGCCCGACACCCUCGCCGACAAGACAGCGCGUGUGUCGCGGUACACGACGCUGCUCGAACGUCUGAUGGCCUUGGUCCCGGAUCUCAAAUCGCAGGAUGUCCUGGCAGCAGUGCAAGAAGCGGCCAGAGCCGAGAUACGAUCUGCAUACCAGGCUGCUGUUGCUAGUCACUCUUCGUCUGCUGCUGCGCGCAGGAAGAGCAGCGUCGAGACUAUUACUUCUCCUGUAUCGGUGGUAUCUGAUUCUCCCGAUAUACCUGCCAAGUCAGCGAAACGCACAUCUACCUCUUCUUCGCGGCGUAGUCCCAGGAGGCAGUCGAAUCGCUCGAGCGCAUUCUCCGAGAUUAUGGAGACGAGUCUGCUGUCGCCGUUUCCAGUAGAGGAGGAGAGCGGCGGCAGCAAAGAAAGGAGUCUGGCGAAACAGGUUGAGCAGGUGCUGAAGGCUGAGCUGCCGUUGAGUGUGGAGACGGUGGCUUUUGUGGCGAGGAUGGUGGUUGUGGCGUGGUGUGUUAGUGUGCAGACUGUGGCUUGGAGCGAGGGAGAAGCUGGGUUCAGGAUACCAGACGUGGAAGCAAUGGGCAAGUUUGUCAUGGCAUGA